CGCGUCGACCUCUUCCUGACCAUGUGGGGCGUAUGCGUGACGUUUCUGGCGCUCGCCUCCCUCAGCUCAGGAGACACCGACACACUCAAGCCAAGACACGACUCCAACCUGCAGAUCUAUAAGCGUCUGUUUGAAACAAAGAGAAGAGAUCAACUCAACGCGCUGAAGAAUCUGGUGGAGCUGAAUGACAUCAACCAGCAGUAUAAGAUCAUCGACAUCAUGCUCAAGGGCCUCUUCAAGGUUUUGGAAGACUCCAAAGAAAUCCUGGUCUCAGCCAACAUGCGGCCCAAUGACCCAUUCCCUCUGGACGAUAAAAUCAAAGAAGCUUAUUCCCACAUCGUGGAGAACACGGCAUUUUUUGGCGACGUGGCGUUGCGCUUUCCACGCAUUGUCCACCACUACUUUGACCGCAAUGCCGACUGGGGUGGACUGCUGCGGUGGGGGCUUCAUUUUUGCAACCAGACCGGCGUUUUCACAGGAGGAGCCCACCAACAUGUCCUCACACUGAUGUCGCAAGAACUGGGAAUAACAGAGAAAUCUGCGGACUUCAUCAACCCUUACCGGACAGAAAGAGACGAUGUGCUUCACACUGCGGAGGCCUUCCAGAAGAUCCUGAGGGAGGAAGAGAAGAGGAGGAGGAAGGAGGAGAAGAGGAAAGAAAUCCGAAAAGGCCCUCGCAUAUCUCGCUCCCGCAGCGAGCUAUAGCAGCACAACUCAGCGGGGCUUCGUGGAGGAAGAGAAAGGAUGGAGGGAACAAGCGGUUUCCCUCGUGGACUCUUGAUGACAGAGUGGGAAACAAAAGCCAUGAUCACUUUGUCAUCACAAAGGACGACCAUCGUGGAAGAUUAAAUGCGACAUCACAUGAUGUAAAAAAAACAAACAAACAAACAUGGAAUUGGGGUGUGAAUUGCUGUAUACGGUCAGUGAUUGAUGAUUAGAAGAUAAAAGUGUUAUGUUCCAGGCAAAUGUCAGAAGGUAUAAUUGUUGGGGUUUUUUUAAGCAUCUGAUGGUAAAUUGAUAAGGAUUAAAUAUCUGUGUUUUAAAAUUAAUUUAUGUGAUUUACUUCAAAACUUGACCGUUUUGCAGUUUCGACAUUCACCGUCUGUUUUUAAGUCCUUAUGCUACAGGUUGCUAAAUAUAAAUUCCAGCUGACCUCGCUGAAUAUGAUUGACUUGUUUCUGAUUAGGCGACGCAAAUGAUGAUGGGUCUGAAACUUGCUCAACGAUGUACAGAUGUAUCUCACAAACCCAAUUCCAAUGAAGUUGGGACGUCGUGUAUAACAAAUAAAAACAGAAUACAAUGUUUUGUAAAUAAUGUUCAACCUAUAUUGAAUUGAAUACCCGACAAUGACAAGAUAUGUCAUGUUCAAACCGAUAAAUUUGAAGGAAUUGACGAUA